AUGGUGUUUUGCGCCAAUCCUGACCGGGUGGCUCUGCAGGCGAUGCUGCCGGAGUUCGACACCCAAGGGCUGACCGACCGGCCGGGGCGCCAGAACCCCGGGACUAUCCAGAUCCCCGGGGUGGACGAGGCGACCGGCGAGAGGGCCGAAAGAGGCCCAGCGCCGCCUACGGGCGCUGGCGAGAGCCAGGGGCGGCUGGAGACACCGAGGUCGGCGCCACCCCUCGAGCCAGGCGCGCCCGAGCCGAGUGCACCGGCGGAGCCAGAGCCAUCGAUCACAGCGGUGGAACCGGGGCUAGCGGGCACGGCGGCGGAGCCGGUGAGCACGACGGCGGAGCCGAGGCCAGCGAACGUGGCGGUCGAGACAGAAAUGCAGCCGCUGCCCUGCUCCGAGCCGACAACUACGGCCGCGCCCGACCGUCUGGCGCCGUCCGAGUCCGCCCGAGCGCGCCGAGCGCGGGGCAGAUGA